AUGGCUGACGAAUACGAUCCUUUUGACGUCGCCGUCUACCGGUUUGUUUUGAAAUUAGAAAUGAAAGGCAAGAUGGCAGCGCCCUGGGGAAAGGAAGUUUCGUCAUCGGGCGGACGGGGCAAUAAGUUAGCGACAGAAAAUUCCCCUUCCGCCUCUCUGGCUAACAUCCCAACAGGCGUUCUAAUCUCGUUUGAUGAUGAUGUCAUGCCUGUGCCUCCAAGAAGAAACAAAUCACUCGGAAAGAAGUCGAAAAUGGAACGGGGCUCGGAGCCAAACAAAAUCGAGCAGGGGGCGUUGCUCAGCUUCGCUAACCCGGAACUUCCCGAUGAUCCUGCAGCGAAGGAUUCGCCCGGCGAGGCCGCAGCGGGGACGGAUCGUGCUGAAGAGUCUUUCGACGGGAGCGACGGCAUGAGCAGUGCUGUGAUCGCAGAGAAGUCAAGUUGUGGAGCUACUGAAAUGGAGCAGGAUUUCUCAAAGGAAGGAAACACGAACACGUGCCGUUCAGAACUUCGACACAACUCGACCAGCAGCGAGGAUCAGAAUAAUUCAGUUAAGCUGUGUGGCUAUCUGGAUAAACAAGGAGAGAAAGGACUCAUUAAAUCAUUUAAAACAAGAUGGUUUGUGUUUGAUGACCAGAGAUGUCGUCUCUACUACUACAGGACACCUCAAGAUGUAACACCACUCGGAUCAAUAGAUGUUGCCAAUUCCUCCCUCACGUUCGAUGUCGCCAACCCUGGAUCGCACAGGCAAUUCCAGAUACAUACUGAUGGAAGAACCUAUAUUCUACAGUGCAAGGACCAACAUACUAUGAUGUUUUGGUUACAAGAGUUACAGGAAAGACGCCGAGCUUACAGCAGUCAGAAAACUUCCCUGUCAAAGGAGAGGUCCCUUACCAGAUACUCAGUACUACAACCAUCUUCUGGUCUUCUCAGUACUCAAAAAAUGAAGGAAAAGAUGAACAUAUCUUGCCCAGAUUCUGAUAUUCCCCCUGUCUUGGACUAUGUGGAACCGCCCAGGCAUUCAGUUGGUGAAGCAACGGCCAAUACCACUCAGAAAACGGGGAUGUUCAACCUAUCCUUGACGAGCAUAAAGACAGACUUCAGAAAUCAGAUGUCUAACUUCAGCAUGAAAUGGAAAAUGCAAUCACCGAACAGCGAGACUCCACCUGACGAUUUCGCCGGUGAGACUUCACAGACGGAUGCUGCUAAACAAGCAGAACAGAAUAAGCAUAAGAGCUUUGACAAGAAGGAUGUCAUAACCGCUGUUGGAGGAGCGAAGGCGGCAUUCAAGAAGAAGCUUAGUAACAGCUCCGUUGGAGGUCCAGCCUCGGGUUCAACUAAACCUCCCAGUACAACCUGGUUUGAAGAUGUACCUGAUUAUGAUUGUAAAAACUGCCAGCAGCUUGCAGCUGAAGUUAAACAACUGAGGGAGGAGCUUUGUCAGGUGAGGAGAGAGCUUAACGAAAGUAAGGAAUUGAUUGACCUACUGCAUAAACAGCUCACAGCUACUCAGAUGCAGUCCAUGAGCAAUCGCGAGUUCUCACUGUGCCAGACUGAUCAAGAGAAACUACAUGUCGUUCAACGGAAGGACAAACAACUAAUUCAACUAGAGCAACUACUACAAGAGAUGCGACAAGAUAGAGAUAGCUUCAAAAUCCAACUCAGUUCUUGUGAGAGAGAGGUUCGGGACCUGCGUGAGCAGAUCAACAUGUUCACGGAUCUCAUUCAAGCCAAGGAUGAAGUCGUCAUGUCCCUGACAAUGAGGGUCAAUGAACUGGAAAGGAACGAGCCAAUCGUAGUGAAGACAGAGACGGACCAACAGCCAGAAUCCCCCUCAGAGAUUGAGGGGAACGUCAACCUAGCUGGAAACACCCCCACUGAAGUAGUGGAACAUACCCUGCUCAACACACAGUCCUAUGUGGACCCACUGGAAUAUGAAUGCCUGAAGGAUUCGGCCAGGGCUUUCGAGACGCAGAAUAAAUUCUUAAACAAAGAGAUCCUUGAGCUGAACCAACUGAGAAAUGAUGCUAUCACCAGGGAGAAACUGUUAUUAGAGAAGUACAUUUACCUUGAAGCAGAUUAUUGCAAGACUGAGAGUAAAUACCUUCUGCUUCUGAAUGAGGUUAGAGGACCACAGAGAGAGAAAGAUAGUACUGAAUCUGAUGACAUAAUUUCUAAGCUGAUUGCCGAGGCUAUUGAAACUGAUAUUGGCGAGGAACGGAUCAAGUCAUGCACAGAAACGGCAAAGGAACAGCUGUAUGACAAAUACGGAUUCAUUAAACCGCCCAGUACAGAAAUCGAGGAAGAUAACGCCCUCUUGAGUCAAGCGGAUAAACUGCAAAGACGAUCGGAUGAGCUCAAGUCAAAGCACAGCACAGCUGAAGUCUCGAGAGCAGUGAAAUGGGAAAACUAUGUCGUCGCUCAUCCAGAGAAAGAACUUACAAUGACGCCUGAACUGAAGUCUCUAAUCAGAGGGGGUAUACCACACGAAUAUAGAGCAAGGAUUUGGAAAUGGUGUGUUGAUCUCCGUGUGAGGAAAGAUAAGGAGACCACUGGAUUAGGGUAUUAUCAACGACUUCAAAAUAGUAAGAGCUUCAAGUCAAGCCCAGCAACCAAACAGAUAGAACUAGACCUCCUGAGAACCCUACCAACGAACAGGCACUACGAGAAGAUGGAAUCACAAGGUGUUCCCAAGUUACGAAGAGUUCUACUCGCCUACAGCGUUCACAACCCUGCUAUUGGAUACUGCCAGGGAUUAAACCGAGUUGCUGCCAUUGCGUUGCUGUAUCUUGAAGAGGAAGAUGCUUUCUGGUGUUUAAUUGCCAUAGUGGAGUACAUCAUGCCAAUGGAUUACUACAGCAAGACUUUGAUAGGCUCACAGACCGACCAGAGAGUCUUCCGAGAGCUUCUAGCGGAAAAAAUCCCAAGACUCCACGCUCAUUUUGAAGAGUACUCGAUAGAUCUGUCAUUGGUCACUUUCAACUGGUUCGUCACCUGUUUCUGUGAUAACAUCCCUGCCGAGACCAUGCUACGGAUCUGGGACACCUUCCUGUCGGAAGGGAACAAGGUCCUCUUCCGCUUCUCGCUGGCAGCUUUCAAGUUCUUUGAAGAGGAGAUGCUGAAACAGAAUGACUAUCUUAGGAUCUUUGCCUUCCUGCGACGAAUGCCGGAGAUGUUGACGGAUGUCCAGAGACUAACCCAGAUUGCUUUUGAUGAGUUGAAUCCGUUUCCAAGGAGACAUAUCAACAAUAAGAGAACCAUUCAUAGAGCACACGUCAAGCAACAACUUGACGAGUUGGAAGCCAUCAGAGCCGAGUUUGUUCCUCGUCAUUCGCAGAACGGGGAUGAGCUCGCAAGCGACGAAGAGGAGGAUUACGACCAAGUGGAGGCGCUCUUGACAGGAACUACAUGAAAUCAUAAUGAUGCUGUAAUGCGACCUUCGACAUCUGACCCUCGACUCAUUGUCAUAUUCAAGAUCUGCCAUGAUGUAACUUCUUCAUUCGCAAGAAUUAUUGCAGCCAAGUGUAGGCACUGUUAACAGGAGCUACGUGAAAUCAUGAAUGAACGUGUAAUUCUGAAACGACCUUUGACCUUGGACUCAUUGCCUAUCAUGAUCUGCACUGACAAUCACGACUACGACCAGGUGGGGAUGUUUUGAGGGAGGACCUUACGUGAAUUCCCGAAUGAACUUGUGAUGCAGAUAUGUGACCUUUGACCUUUAUUUGACUCAUUUUUCAUUUAGCCAUUUUACAUACAUGUAGCAAUUUAUUUUACAAGGAGGAUUAUGCCCACUUGGAGAUGCUACUGACAAGAGCUGCGUGAAAUCGUGAAUGAACUUUUGAUGCAGAUAUGUGACCUUUGACCUUUAUUUGUCUCAUUUGCCAUUUACUGCUAUUAAAUAGCCAUUUAUUUUGCAAGGAGUAUUAUGACCAGUUGGUGGCACUAUUAACAGGGGCUGCGUGAGGUCCUAAAUGAACUUUCGAUGCAGAAAGGUGAUGUUUGACCUUGCACUCAUGCAAUCAAGAUCUGCUAUGACUUAAGUUAUUCUUUUACAAGGAUUAUGGCCAAGCGGAGGUGCUAUUAACUGGAGCAAGAUGAAAUCAUUAAUGGAAUUUUGAUGCAAAAAGAUGACCUUUGACCCAUGCUGACAUUACAGUUUAUUUUAAAAGGAGC